UGGGGCGGGGGCACUGGGUGGAAGCUGUGUUGUGACAUGAAAGGUAGAUAAGUGUGGUGUUGGACACUGAGAAACACAGUGGAGCCAAAACCAUAGAGACAUACAGUACACUCUAACAGACAGCUCAUUUGGCUGGCAUCCCUGAACUACAAUGUUCAUCACAGUGCUACAUGCUGGUGAGUCUCUCCCCCAGAAUCAAUCAAACCGGAUCAAAGAGUACCGCUGAUACAUCUUCUGUUAACUGUCCACGCAAAUUGAUUUUAAAUGACAGCUACGUGAGAAAUACUGUAAGCCUGUCAUGUCUUGUCACAAUUUCUAUUUAUUUUUCUCCCCCAUCUCCACAGAUAACGAGCAAACCUUGUUUAACAUCCACUGUAAAAUAUCUGUGCUUCUAGACAGUAUAAAAUCACACUGUCACUGUGAAUAUGAAGAAGAGAUAGACCUUGUGGAUGAGAAUGCAGAGCUGAAGAACCUUCUAGAGCAGAGGGAUGAGUAUGCCUCCCAGGCUCUCAGGGGAAGAGAAGAGUACGCUCUGGUCAGCGUCAGACGAUGUGAAGAUUCAUCUCAGCCUCUGUAUACCUUACUGCUGCAAGACCAAGCCCCUCUGCAUUCCACGUUCAUUGCCAAGCUAAGGAAUAAAGAGGGUUCAAGGGCACUGGGAAUUCAACCACAAAGAAAGAGGACCAAGAGGAAAUCUACUCUGCCCCAACCACAGUAAGCAAUUUUUCAGAAGGACAGCUGGGUUUGACCAUUUAACCGCAUACACGAAGCUGAAGAUGAAAGACUCAGAAAUGAAGAUUUAAAAUUGUCAUUUAAUUAAAUGAAAUUCACUUCGCAACAUUUUGUCCUUACUAUGUAUGAACUAUAAAAUGGUGUCUGCCCCUUGACAUUAACUUUAGUUAUUUUAAGGCUAUUGUUCUCUGAAGUUCCAAGUUGAACUUUGAUAUUUAAGCCUAUAGUUUCCUGGUUACUGUACAUAAAUAUGAAUGUAAAAU